CGCAACAUGUGGCAACAAAUCGCUCGGUGUAUACUCGUUUUAGUCGGUUUACUAACAAUCGUCAAGUUCGCGACCGCAGAGCGUGUACGUUAUGAUAAUUACCGCGUCUAUCAGUUGGAAGCGAAGACGCCAGCACAAUUGGCCGUUAUCAACACACUUGAUGGAUCUAGUGACGCGUUGAUAUUCUUGAAUGGUGUACACUCGUUGAAUACUAAAAUCCACGUACUCGUCGCGCCACAUCGUGUUGAUGAUUUCUUGGCUUUGCAAGACCGCACUGGUAUUGCGCAUAAAUUACUCGAGGCGGAUGCACAGAAGAGUCUGGAUGUGGAGACAGAACUUGUAGCCGAUCCAAAUAGACGUAGUGGUGAUUACACUUGGCGGGAGUAUCAUGAGCUAGACGACACGUAUGCUUGGUUACGCUCGCUGGCGGAAAAGUAUCCGGAGCAAGUGAGUUUAUUUGUGGCGGGCAAGUCUUAUGAGGGUCGUGAGAUAUUAGGCGUUAAGAUCGCUUAUAAUACAAUCACUGAUGACGAAGUUGUUGGCGCAACAGCAAAGCGUGGUAUUUUUAUUGAAGGUGGCAUGCACGCACGCGAAUGGAUUAGUCCGGCUACCACAACCUAUAUAAUCAAUGAAUUGCUUACAAACACCAAUAAGGAUGUACGUAAGGUGGCUGAACGUUAUGUUUGGUAUGUGGUGCCACAUAGUAAUCCCGAUGGCUUUGUGUACACCCACACCACCAACCGUUUGUGGCGUAAAACGCGCACACCGUAUGGCAAUUGCUUUGGCGCAGAUCCAAAUCGUAAUUGGGAUUUCCAUUGGAAUGAGGUUGGCUCGAGCAGCAAUCCCUGUUCGGACACUUAUGCUGGGCCUGCGGCUUUCUCAGAAAUCGAAACACGCACACUCGCCGAAUAUAUAAGCACGUUGAAGGGGAAAUUGUUUUUAUAUUUGUCAUUCCAUUCAUACUCACAACUUUUGCUCUUCCCUUACGGUCACACCAGUGAAUUGCCGUCAAACUAUAAGAACUUGAAGCGCGUCUUUGAUGUUGCCGUUGCAGCAGUGUCCAAGCGUUAUGGUACCAGAUAUAUAGGUGGUAAUGUUUAUGAUGCUAUAUAUCCGGCUGCUGGGGCUAGCUUGGAUUGGGCUUAUGGAAAGAUGGAAGUGCCCUACUCCUACUGUUUUGAAUUGCGUCCGUCGGGUUCUGCAUUGUGGAGUGGUUUCCGUUUACCGGCUAAUCAAAUUAUACCAACUGGCGAGGAGAUCAUGGAUUCCAUGUUGGCGAUGAUCAAAGAGAUUGAUGCUUUGUUUGCUUGA